GGUUGUAGCACCGUGGAAUGGCGCUGUUCUUAGAGAAGUCAAGGCUUUUAUUGAGAAAAGUUAAAGGUUUGAGGAACCUAACGCCUCAACGGAACCGAGUAAAAGAUAAAUGGGCUGCUACUCGUCCCAAGCACCCUCCCACCAGGCUGGCCCUGCAGCACUUUGAUGCCACGUAUGGUCCCGAGCUGGGGCCACGGUGGCCAUCAGUCAGAGUCGCCCUGCUGUCGGAGAGAAAGUACGGCGCCCUGAUCAAUAUUUUUGCUAGCGAUGUUGACCUGGCAGAACUCGAAGCCCAGGGAUGCAGAGACUUCAUCAAAGACCAAGUUGCCCUGACAUCAUCUGAGCACAUCGUUGAGGGUGAAGCUAAAACAGAUCCCAGUGAUUCUUCGAUGAGCAGAGCUGAGGCUGACGGUCUGCUACAAUCUCCUCUACAGAUUAGCUCAAAUGUGCAGUGCUUUGUGUUUCAAAGAGGAGAUAUCACACGCUUCAAGCCUCCCAGACCAGACCAGUUUGGCCUGUUGGAUUAUUACCUGAUGGAUGCAGCGUCUGUGUUGCCAUGUCUCGCACUAGACGUUCAACUGGGUCACAUGGUGCUCGACCUCUGUGCUGCUCCAGGUGGCAAGAGCCUGGCUUUACUUCAGACCCAGCUGAUCAGGUUUUUUUGCUUAAAUGACUCUUCAGUGUCGCGAACAAAGCGUCUGAAAGGGGUCCUCCACAGCUACAUUCCUAAGCAGUUUUUGACGGAUGACAAACUUCUCAUCACCUCCUUUGACGGUACCAUGUGGGGAGAGGUUGAGAGGAACUCCUUUGAUAGAGUGCUUGUUGACGCUCCCUGCACCACAGACAGACAUUCCCUCAUCGAAGACGACAACAACAUCUUCAGUAAGAUGAGGACUGGUGAGAGGCAAAGGCUACCACAGCUGCAGCUGGAGUUGCUGCUAGCGGGAAUCCUAGCAGCUUGUCCUGGUGGUGAGAUUGUUUAUUCCACGUGCACGCUCUCUCAGAACCAGAACCAGAGCGUGGUGGAACAAGCCGUACAGCAAGCUCAGGAGGAGCACAACAUCCACCUUGAGGUUGUCAGUCUGCGCCCUCUUGUGCAGAUGUUCAGGAACACCUUUCACUUUGCUCGGGACCUCCACCUGGGUGAGAUGGUCAUCCCCCACUUAGCUGCUAACUUUGGACCCAUUUACCUGUGCAAGCUGAGGAGACUUACGUAA